CCAUAACGGCUCAAAUACUGCAUCUGCCUUGGCCACACUGAUUUAUUCGUUCGAACAGCUGACGGUUACUCGUUACUAGAAGAAUUGUUUUAAACGUUUUGUGAUGGACGCAAGCACAAAAAUAUUAGUUGUGGGCGAUGUACGCGGUCGUUUCAAGCAACUGUUUAGCAGAGUGGAGCAGGUAAACAAAAAAGCCGGCCCCUUUGAGAUUUUGUGUUGUGUCGGCGACUUUUUUGGCGCGGAUAAACAAAAUGAGGAGCUGAUAGCAUACAAAAAUGGAUUCAAACACAUUACUGUGCCCACUUAUAUACUUGGUGCAAAUAAGGAGGAGGACAACAAUUACUUUGAGGACUUGACGGACGGAGAGAUCUGCACGAAUUUAACGUACCUGGGCAAGCGUGGGGUCUAUACGUUGAGUAGCGGUGUCAAAAUAGCAUACCUAAGCGGAGUGGAAGCUGCGACAAGUGCCGCUGGCGACCAUGAGUUCUCUAAAGCCGAUGUGCAAGCUGUACGCAAUUCCUGUCUCGUCUCGAAAAGCUGUGCAACGGAUUACAGAGGUGUUGAUGUGUUGCUGACCUCACAAUGGCCUUACGGCUUGCAGGAGAAGCAAAAUGCGAAUGCUUCCAAGCUGAUUUCAUUCUUGUCGCGCGAGAUAAAGCCACGCUAUCACUUCUGUGGUAUUAAUGGCACCUUCUACGAAUGUGCGCCGUUUCGUGUGCCCAAGGAUGAGACUACGCAGUUUGAGUUGUGUACGCGUUUCAUCUCCCUGGCGGAUGUAGGUAAUGCAGAGAAGGCCAAAUACAUUUAUGCGCUCAGUCUAAAGCCCGUGGAUAAGACACGUUUACUGGAUUUGGUGCAGAAGACAACAGACGAAAUACCUUGUCCUUAUAUUGAUUUGGAUAUGUCAGGGGUCGUGAAGAAAAACGAAACGUCGGAAAGUCAACAAUACUUCUUUGACAUGGAUUCGAGUGGAAAUCGCAAGCGACGCGGCGAGGCUGGACAACGUGACAAACGUCCCCGAAUAAUGCAAAUUGAUCAGGAUAAUUGUUGGUUCUGUUUGUCGUCGAUCAAGGUGGAAAAACAUCUCAUCAUAACAGUAGGUGAGCGAUUUUAUAUUGCUCUGGCCAAGGGGCCAAUUAAUAGCCAUCACGUUCUAAUACUUUCCACGAAGCAUAUUCCUUGUUCGGCGCAACUCAGCCCUGAAGAUUGGGAAGAGCUGGAAAAGUUUAAGGGCGCCUUGAGGCAGCUAUUUAAGAGUCUGGGGCAAGUUGUCUGCUUCACGGAACGACAUUACAAGACAUCCCAUUUGAUUAUAGACGUGUUGGCUUUUGAAGAGGGUUACGCCUGGAAAAUCAAGCACAGUUUUGAAGAUAAAGCGGAAGAGUUCAAUUUGGAAUUUGAAACGUUGCCAGCUUUGGAUUCACCUAAAAUGCUGCCAGAAAUGGGUCCCUACUUUGUCGCUGAACUUCCCGACGAUAGCACAUUAAUAACGCGACAGAUGAAACAUUUUCCAUUGCACUUUGCGAGGGACGUUUUCUGCUCUGAGAACUUGCUGAACUGCGAUGAAAAAGUGAAUUGGAAAGAGUGUCUGUUAGAGAAGGAGGAGGAAACAGCUUAUGUGGAAGAAUUUCGAAAGAGCUUUGCACCUUUUGAUUUUACAGAUGACGAUUGAUUAAAAGAGAACAAGCGCAAAUGCUUCAGUAAAAAAUGUCCUUUAUACUUCAUUUACAGACCAAUAAACAUGCACACAAUCCGGUUAAGUACUAAACUACCAUAAUAAUAUUAAUAAUGUUUCGUAAGUCACAAUUUUAUGCGCUAAGUUUACGCAUCUCG